CAGUCUUGCCGCGAUACAAUAUUACAUCCAGAAUUUCCAAUGACAAUGUUUUAAAACACGACCAAGAACAAUAUAACGUUUGUUAUAUUAUUAUAAACAUUUCAGUGAGAAUAUACACACAGACAUUCUCACUAUUAUAUUGUAAAACAAUGAGACUGGUAUUCAUCGAUUAGUUCUGUUUUUGAUGUCCGUGCGGAAGCACUUAAAAUGUUCUUUGAAAUUGUGUUCGUUGUCCACCUUUUUCUUACCACAUUGAAUGGGGAGUCACUUGAAGAAAUGAGUCCGUUCAUGUACAGCAAUGCUGGUAACGCUGUCAACUUCAAUGACAUCUACUCCAUCACCAACAGCCUAUCGGGCAACAACGCUGUACCCGACUUGAAAGAAGACGAGUACAAUAUCCACAUCAUCCCCUCACAACUAGUGGAGUUCAGCACAAAAACAACCACUGAAUUUUACACAACCCCCAUCACCGCUAUUCCGCUGCCAAAAUACGUUCAGAACAUACAGUUGUUAAAAAAUUCGCGCAAGCCAAUGACGAGCACUAUUGCAAAAAUAACACCGUAUAACAACAGACUUUCGAACAUAGAUGGAGCAACAAAAAAUAAUUAUUUUACCAACAUAUUUACCAAUGAUGGUAGCUAUACGCCAAAUUUGCCAGCUGAAAAGCAACAAGUGAAGGAAGUUGUUGUUGAUACUACAACAACGACGACUACUACCACUACGACGCAAGCUCCCACAACGACAACUACCAGGAUACCAGCACAUAGAGAAAGAGGAAUUUUAGACUUACUAUUUCCGCCUAAAAGAGUCCAAACUUUUAAGAGCAUGUUUGACACAGUCAAAAGUAUUUUAUCCUACACGUUCAAGAGAUAGUUUGGACAUUCUAUAGACACAGUGUUGUGUUUUAUGUGAUGUGGUAAACAUUAUAUGGUACAUGAGAUAAAGACUACAAUUUUGGGUGGAUAAUUGUAUAUAAUUAGUAUCUAAUUUUUAUAAAAACUAAAUGCUAUUCAACCUACUUCGAAACAAAGGUUGUGAUAUAUGUUUUGUACAAGAACAUUAUAUAUCCUAACCAGUGAUAGGUCAGCCAGCCCGACGCAAACCCAUCUAUAACCCGGGUUUACGCCCGACUUUUUGAGAAGAAACUGGGACUAAACCCAUCUAUGACCAGAUAGAUUCUAUGUAUGGUUUUGUAUGGCUAGAAAUGAUCUGAAUGAAUUCUAAAAGUAUAUUUUUACUUAUGUCACGUGACGCGAUGUGACUUGUCCAA